GAACUAGUCCAUACACAGAAAGAAAGAAGACGGAGAGAGAGAACGUCCAAACUUCCUUCAAACUUGAAAAUAACUCUUCAUUCAUUCAUUAACCACCCCAACUUAACCUUCCAAAUUACUCCUCAGUCACAACUACUCACUCAAAAUUUUUUUUUUUUUUUUUUCACUCCUUACUUCUUAGAGAUUUGCUCCUCUCUAUAUAGAGCAGUUGGACCAGUCAGUGUUGAGGAGCGGAGAGAUCACACACUCCUGAGGCUGCUGGAUAUCAGUCAAAUGAACAUGACAGGCAUGGUUAUGAUAUCAAAUGGAGGCGGCUGCGGUGGCCAUGGAAAGGGCUCUUCCUCUACUGCUACUUCUUCCAGAGGAGGAGGAGGAGGAGUUGUUGUCGGCACAGAACAAAGCCGCCGCCAGCAGCAGCAGCUGUCGUUGCUGGAGUUUCUUGUAGCUGCCUUGAGGAAGUCCAUGGUGUCUUGCCGAGUGGAUCGGCAAGAGGAGGCCCCAAUCUCCGCCGCCCUCCAUCCCAUGGAAAUCGGGUGGCCCACCAACGUCCAGCACGUUGCCCACGUCACUUUCGACCGCUUUCAUGGCUUUCUGGGUCUACCUCUCGAGUUCCAAGUUGAAAUCCCCUCUAGAGUCCCCAGUGCCAGUGUGACUGUAUUUGGAGUCUCUGCGGACUCAAUGCAGUGCUCUUAUGAUACAAGAGGCAAUAGUGUCCCAACAAUUCUCUUACUGAUGCAAGAGCGACUGUAUGCCCAAGGUGGUCUCAAGGCAGAAGGAAUUUUUCGCAUAAAUCCAGAGAAUAGCCAAGAGGAACACGUUAGGGACCAGCUCAACAGAGGCAAUGUGCCAGACGAUAUCGAUGUUCACUGUUUGGCUGGUCUUAUUAAGGCCUGGUUUCGAGAGCUUCCAUCUGGCGUGCUUGAUGGGCUCUCCCCUGAGCAGGUCUUACAAUGCAACACCGAAGAGGAUUCUGCUGAGCUUGUAAAACAGUUGAACCCAACUGAGACCGCGUUGCUAAACUGGGCAAUUGAUCUCAUGGCCGAUGUUGUCGAGCAUGAGGAGUCCAACAAAAUGAAUGCCAGGAAUGUUGCAAUGGUUUUUGCUCCAAACAUGACUCAGAUGUCUGAUCCACUGACAGCUCUUAUGCAUGCUGUUCAAGUUAUGAACUUGUUGAAAACCCUCAUCAUGAAAACCUUGAGGGAGCGGGAAGAAACAGUGACUGAGGGGUGCUCGCCUAUGUCAUCUCAUUCAUCAGAUAGGCCCAGCGGAGAAGAAUUUGAGAGUCAACAAGAGGACAUGGAAACGAGCUGCGAAUCGACAGGGCCAGCAAGUGAUGAUGAUGAACCUGCCAAUUACAGCCACAGCAGCGAUGAAAAGGAUGAAAUUGAAUCGUUAAGUGACAUCGAAGAAUGUUUCUUGAGGCAAUUGGAUGAGAAUGAGAGUGCAAAAAAUGGCUUUAGGAAACAGUUGGAGGGGAUUCUAUGCAGAGACCACGGUAGUCCCAUUAGCUGCUGCACUUUCGGUGGAGAUUCUUACCCUUUUUCUUCUGAGAGCAAAACAGGGAGUUCUUGCUUGAUCACUGAUGGAGAAGAUUCAAUAGCUCUGGGGCUUAAGGCGCCUGACAUGAAUGGAAUGGAUGCAGAUGGCGGAAAUACCAAUGAUGUUGAGAGGGUAGAGCUUACGGCGGCACCUACUCCUCCAGUGCUGUUGGGGGUUCUAACUGAAUCUAUCUGAUUGUGUCUUAGUGUCUUGACAUAUUGGAGAUAACACAUCUUUGUCCAGAACUUUACGUGUGCCACCUCUGCAGUGUUUGCAUUUGUAAAUUGCAUUUGAUUAGGCUCUUGUCAUACGGUUUGCUAGCAGGUUGCUGUUCAGCUUGGGGCUGAACUUGUUUGCUUGCCUUGUAUUAGUAAUAGCAAGGAAUUCUAACAUUGACAGUUUGUGGUGUGGCAUGACAAGAACAACAUAGAAAGAAAAGAAGAGAGAGAGAGAGAGAGGAGAAAAAAAAAAGCAUCUUGUAGUUUUGCAGGCCGCAAGUCCUUUGUUCGGUCAUGCUACGUAGUUUAACCCUUAAGGGUUAGGGGUUAACUGUAAGACUAACGUUUGUUUACAGUGCUUUGCUCAAAUGUCACUCAAUUCUAUUAUCGUCCGUGUAUUCUUUCCA